AUGUCUGGGUUGGCCGGUGGGCAGGCCGGUGGGCAGGCCGGUGGGUAUGAUGGUGGGUAUGAUGGUGGGUAUGAUGGUGGGUAUGAUGGUGGGUAUGAUGGUGGGUAUGAUGGUGGGUAUGAUGGUGGGUAUGAUGGUGGGUAUGAUGGUGGGUAUGAUGGUGGGUAUGAUGGUGGGUAUGAUGGUGGGUAUGAUGGUGGGUAUGAUGGUGGGUAUGAUGGUGGGUAUGAUGGUGGGUAUGAUGGUGGGUAUGAUGGUGGGUAUGAUGGUGGGUAUGAUGGUGGGUAUGAUGGUGGGUAUGAUGGUGGGUAUGAUGGUGGGUAUGAUGGUGGGUAUGAUGGUGGGUAUGAUGGUGGGUAUGAUGGUGGGUAUGAUGGUUGGUAUGAUGGUGGGUAUGAUGGUGGGUAUGAUGGUGGGUAUGAUGGUGGGUAUGAUGGUGGGUAUGAUGGUGGGUAUGAUGGUGGGUAUGAUGGUGGGUAUGAUGGUGGGUAUGAUGGUGGGUAUGAUGGUGGGUAUGAUGGUGGGUAUGAUGGUGGGUAUGAUGGUGGGUAUGAUGGUGGGUAUGAUGGUGGGUAUGAUGGUGGGUAUGAUGGUGGGUACGAUGGUGGGUACGAUGGUGGGUACGAUGGUGGGUACGAUGGUGGGUACGAUGGUGGGUACGAUGGUGGGUACGAUGGUGGGUACGAUGGUGGGUACGAUGGUGGGUACGAUGGUGGGUACGAUGGUGGGUACGAUGGUGGGUACGAUGGUGGGUACGAUGGUGGGUACGAUGGUGGGUACGAUGGUGGGUACGAUGGUGGGUACGAUGGUGGGUACGAUGGUGGGUACGAUGGUGGGUACGAUGGUGGGUACGAUGGUGGGUACGAUGGUGGGUACGAUGGUGGGUACGAUGGUGGGUACGAUGGUGGGUACGAUGGUGGGUACGAUGGUGGGUACGAUGGUGGGUAUGAUGGUGGGUAUGAUGGUGGGUAUGAUGGUGGGUAUGAUGGUGGGUAUGAUGGUGGGUAUGAUGGUGGGUAUGAUGGUGGGUAUGAUGGUGGGUAUGAUGGUGGGUAUGAUGGUGGGUAUGAUGGUGGGUAUGAUGGUGGGUAUGAUGGUGGGUAUGAUGGUGGGUAUGAUGGUGGGUAUGAUGGUGGGUAUGAUGGUGGGUAUGAUGGUGGGUAUGAUGGUGGGUAUGAUGGUGGGUAUGAUGGUGGGUAUGAUGGUGGGUAUGAUGGUGGGUAUGAUGGUGGGUAUGAUGGUGGGUAUGAUGGUGGGUAUGAUGGUGGGUAUGAUGGUGGGUAUGAUGGUGGGUAUGAUGGUGGGUAUGAUGGUGGGUAUGAUGGUGGGUAUGAUGGUGGGUAUGAUGGUGGGUAUGAUGGUGGGUAUGAUGGUGGGUAG